CUUGACACAUUAACAACAUUACUCAUAGAAAAGGAGCAAAAAAAAGAGUGAUUCGAAUUUGUUAGAGUUACUUUUAAGGUAUGGGUAGUGAUCAAAAUAGCGGCGGGAGUAGUAUGUAUCCGAUUAAGACCGUGGUGGUGUUGGUGCAAGAGAAUAGGUCAUUUGACCACAUGCUCGGGUGGAUGAAGGGGAUCAACCCUGAAAUAAACGGUGUCACGGGUCAGGAGUCGAACCCCUUGGACACAUCGGAUCCUAACUCUAAAAGGUUCGAGUUUGGGGAUGGGUCUGUGUACGUCGACCCUGACCCUGGUCACUCCAUCCAAGACAUUUACGAACAGGUAUUUGGUGAGCAGUGGAGCAAAGAAUCAGCAGAGAAGAGGAAGGCCCCAACAAUGCAAGGAUUUGCACAGAAUGCAAACAGGCUCCAGAGUGGGAUGGAGGAUGCCGUGAUGAACGGAUUCAAGCCGGAUCGUGUACCUGUUUACAAGGAGUUAGUGACACAGUUUGCAGUUUGUGAUAGGUGGUUUGCAUCAGUCCCUGCAUCCACACAGCCGAAUAGGCUGUACGUGCACUCAGCAACCUCACACGGUUUAACAAGUAAUGAUACAGGGAAGCUCAUUGCAGGGUUGCCUCAGAAGACCAUAUUCGAGUCCCUAGAUGAGGCUGGUCUCUCUUUCGGUAUCUACUUUCAGUACCCUCCUUCCACCUUGUUCUACAGGAAUCUUAGGAGGCUGAAAUAUGUGCCACAUUUUCACCAAUUUGAUCUAGAAUUCAAGAAGCAUUGCAAGGAAGGGAAGCUACCAAAUUAUGUGGUGAUUGAACAAAGAUAUUUUGACUUGCUAGCAGUGCCAGGAAAUGAUGAUCAUCCCUCUCAUGAUGUUUCAGUGGGUCAAAAAUUCAUCAAGGAAGUUUAUGAAGCAUUGAGAUCGAGUCCUCAGUGGAACGAAAUGUUGUUUAUUAUCACAUAUGACGAGCAUGGUGGCUUCUAUGAUCAUGUUCCCACCCCUGUGGAAGGGGUUCCUAGCCCUGAUGGCAUUGUUGGUCCUCAACCAUAUAGCUUUGGAUUUGAUCGUCUCGGUGUUAGGGUUCCAACUAUCAUGAUCUCUCCCUGGAUUGAACCUGGAACAGUGUUACAUGGACCUUCAGGGCCACAUCCUACAUCAGAAUAUGAACAUUCUUCAAUUCCUGCAACUGUCAAGAAGAUCUUCAACCUGAAAGAGUUUUUAACUAAACGCGAUGCAUGGGCUGGCACUUUUGAAGGUGUAGUUAGCAGAAAAACUCCAAGAACUGAUUGCCCAGAGACUUUGCCGGAGCCAGUUAAAUUGAGAGCAACUUCAGCGUUGGAAGACAAGCAAUUGUCUGAUUUCCAAGCAGAGUUGGUGCAAAUGGCAGCUUGCUUAAAAGGCGAUCACAAGAAAGACACCUACCCAGAUGCUUUAGUUGAGAAUAUGACAGUUAAAGAAGCAGCUGAAUAUGUGCAAGAAGCAUGGGAGAUUUUCUUGCACGAGUGUGAUGAAGCCAGGAAGCGAGGAGCAGAUGAAUCCACGAUCAUUGAUGUGGGUUCAUCUCAGAACACUCGCAGAUCACUGAAAAGCAAGUUACUGUCUUGCUUAGCUUGUAACAACUAAACUUUUCUAGCCUCAGAAUUCUUUUCUACUACAUGCCAGAUGAAUUUGGAGGACAAUACUGGAGAAUCAGUGAAUUGAAAUUCUUUGCUAUGUAAAAUUACUUCUAUUUAUACUUUCCCGAGUAUUAAUAGUUCAUUAUGAUGAAGAUUUCCCU